CUCGUGACGUCACGGCCCCGCCCACUCGAGCUCUGGUUUGAUCACUGCGCGCUGUUGACAGUCGCCGUGAGCUCGUGCUCGGUGGCGAUUUAACGGUAUUAAGCGGCAGCGGGCUGUCGUUAUUCGUUUGUCGGGGGGUCGGUUUGUGCGUGAGGUGGGUUAUUAGUUUAAACAUGUUCACCUAGCACAUAUCGAGCGAUAGUAAUGCCCUCACGAGCUCGUGAGGCGGCCGAUUGUCAUUUUGACUUAGCUCGCGCUCGCUUAGCCGCCACAGGCUAAUUAAUGAACCGACAGUGUGUGAUAAAUAUAGACUCUAAAUCAUCGAAAACACUGAAGAAACUCCUCUGAACGCCGAACUACAGCGGUGGAUCUUCGUAUUGAAUGAACGCGAGGGAUUAACGGAUAGCGCCGUGAAUGUAUAGAGGGGAUGCAUUGACAUCACUUUCCCGCCGGAACACAGCCAGACUGUGGCAAAAGAACUGCUGCAUGACUGGAUUUAAUAGGGGAAACUGCGAAAACCAGGUGGAGCUGUGAUGUUUGAGUGUGUGUGAGAGGGUCGUACAGGAUGCAGGGAAACUGAGAAGACACUCUUUCACCAUGACGUCCCCCCCGCCCUCUUCUCAGCCAUAGAAACACACACACACACCGAAGAACACACACCGUCACACUACAACCCCUGGUGUGUCAGCCCGCUGUCUGGGUUCGUAAGGUGUGCGGGUUUGCGCUUUAAGGGAAAAUGUCAGUGGUCUUCCCACCCGACGGGAUGAAGGAGGGCGACGGCACGCUGCCCGCCGACGCUCCCGCUGGCAUCCGUGGCAAAAGCAGCCCAUCCGCGCCCUCUAAAGACACCAACGCAGACAGCACAGAUCCUGACGACAACCUUUCCCAGGAUGCACAGCGGCGCUGUCAGAAUCACGGCCACACUAGGAAACGAGCCAAGUCGAAUGCGAAGCUCAAGCUGGUGAGGAGUCUUGCAGUAUGUGAAGAAUCAUUGGGUCCGUUUUCAACCGACGGUCCUCCAGAAUCACAGGACAUCAUUCAGCUUCACAUCAGCUGUCCGUCCGAUAAAGAGGAAGAGAAAUCCUCAAAAGACGAGUACGAGAAUGAGGAGAGGGAAAAGAAGGAUAAAACUCCACGCAAGAUGCUCUCACGCGACUCCAGUCAGGAAUACACUGAUUCCACAGGGAUUGAUGUGCAUGAGUUCCUGGUGAACACACUGAAAAACAACCCCAGAGAUAGAAUGAUGCUGCUGAAGCUGGAACAGGAUAUACUGGAGUUCAUAAACGAUGAGAAUAAUCAGUAUAAGAAGUUCCCUCAAAUGACCUCAUAUCACCGCAUGCUGCUGCAUCGAGUCGCUGCCUAUUUUGGCAUGGAUCACAACGUGGACCAAACGGGCAAAGCGGUCAUCAUCAACAAGACCAGCAACACACGCAUCCCUGAGCAGAGGUUCUCUGAGCACAUUAAAGAUGAGCGCAACAUGGACUUCCAGAAGAAGUUCAUCCUGAAGCGAGAUGACGCCAGCAUGGAUAAGGAUGAUAAUCAGAUCCGGGUACCGCUGCAGGACGGCCGUCGCAGUAAGUCCAUCGAGGAGCGAGAGGAGGAGUACCAGCGGGUCAGAGAUCGCAUUUUUGCACGAGAAAUGUAUCUGUUGUAUUUUUCGUUACAGUCCUCACAGAAUGGAUACAUCAAUGAUAACAGACUGUCCACUGACGGCUACUCUUCAUCCUCCCAAAAGAGGAGGCAGAUUUUUAGGGGCAACAGGGAGAGCUCCAGUCGGGCGUCCAGCAGUCGCCAGAGCAGCACCGACAGCGACAUGAAGAGCCUGGAGCCUCGUCCGUGGAGCAGCACGGACUCGGACAGCUCCAACCGCACGCUGAGACCUCCGGUCACCAAAGCCAGCAGCUUCAGCGGCAUCUCCAUCCUCACGCGCGGAGACAGUCUGGGCAGCAAGGGUUCGCAGGGCAGCGCCAGGGGCUCCCGCACAGGUCUUCCCACGGUCACUCCGGAUCUCUGUGCACCAACACAGCCGCCCCAGCAGGGCCGCGGUCUCCUGCCGUGUCCCCCGAACUGCCCCUCCGCCGCCCCUCAGAGCGCGAGCCAGCCGCUGCUGCCCACCCCGUCCCACACACACACCAUCAGCGCACACAAUCACAUGAUGCCUCAGCCAGUGGCGUCUCUGCAGCCGUCUGCGCAGGCUGUGUCUUAUUCAAACCCUUCGUGCCCUCAGGUCAUCCUGCCUGUUUCUCCUUCCCAGCAGUACAACAUGGGUGAUGAGUUGACUGCAGGUUUCGGGCAGAUGUCUCUAAGCCGUCAGGGCUCCAGCGAGGCACCAGAGCCGCCCAGCCUAUACCAACCUCCACCUGCCGUAUUAUCCCAGCAUCCUCCACCGCAGCCCAGCUACAUCAUGCCCCCGCCGCCCUCUGGAUACCAGCCUGCGGCUCCACACGCGCACCCGCCUCCACCGCCGCCACCUCCAUCACAGCCCAUCCUGCAGACCGCGCCGCCCGCUCAGGGCUACAUGCAGCCGCCGCCUCCGCCUCAGCAGAUCCAGGUGCAGUAUUACUCCACCGCAGGACAGUAUCCUAAUUCCGGCCAGCAGUACCGCUCCAUCUCUCACCAGGUGUCGUUCCCCACGCAGCGAUCUCAGCCGCUGCCUCCGCCGGCACAGCCCUCCGCUCCGCUCCAGCCCAUGAUGACCAGUCAGCAGCCUGCGUACCAGGGCAUGAUGGGAGUACAGCAGCCGCAGAGCGCCAGUAUGAUGAGCACACAGCGCACGGCAAUGAACGGACAGAUGCAGAGCAUGAUGGUCCAGUACCCCCCCAUGCCCUCCUAUCAGGUUCCUGUAGCCAAUGAGAGUCAGUCUGUGGUGCAGCAGCAGUACCAGCAGCCCGUCAUGGUGCCCGUCAGCCAGUCAGUACAGGGAGCCAUGCCGACUGCCGCGCCCAUGCCCGUCUACUACAGUGUACUGACACCCACACAACAGAACAGCACAAGUCCAUCUGUGGGUUACCUGCAGCCGCCCACUUCAGAUCAGUACCAGAUGACCCAGUCUGCCUCACCCUGCAGCCCACAGCCAAUACAACAGCAGUAUUCAGGGGUCCCGCCUCCCGGUCCCAGUGUCAUGGUUAUGCAGCUCAGCGUUCCUAAUGGACCGCAGCCUACCCAAAAUGCUUCACUGGUGCAAUGGAACCCCUGCAAGUACUAUAGCGUGGAGCAGAGACCCAGCAAACCCGAGCACCAGGUCAGCACUCAGCUCAGCAGCCCGCUGGCGUCUCCCACACAGUCUCCUGCACCCUCUCCGUCUGGCAGUGUGAACACCGUGUGUCCGGGUCUUGGCCCGCUGCCUCUCAUCUCACAGUUCCCUCGGCCUGGUGGGCCAGCACAAGCAGAUGGGCGCUACUCUUUACUGGGGCAGCCGCUGCAGUACAGUCUGUGUCCUCCCAUCAUGCACAACCACAACCAGUCCUCUUACAGCUCCCAUCAGAGUCAGGGAGUGAUGAAGCACGGAGCGCGGGGUAAAAGACAAACGCUCAAAUCUGCCUCUACAGACCUGGGAACUACUGACGUGGUGGUGAGUCGGGUGCUGGAGGUGACCGACCUUCCCGAGGGCAUUUCCCGUCCGGAGGCCGAGAAGCUCUUCAACCAGCUCUCGCUCUGCGGCGCCAAGAUCCAGUGGCUGAAGGACCCUCAGUGUCCCCGGGGCCCCGGCGGUGGAGGACGGGGGGACGGCAGCGACCCCGCUCACCUGUACACCGUCGUGGCCGUGUUCCCCAACACCAUGGCGGCCCAGAGCGCCUCCUUCAAACUCAACAACAGCGGCGGGAGUUUGUUCAAACUGCGCGCCACCAAAAAGAACUAUGACUUGCGCGUGCUGGAGAGAGCGAGCUCACAGUGAGUCGGGAGAGAGAGAGAGACCGCAGGACGGAGAGGAAGUCGAAGAUCACGUCAAAGGGAAGAGAUCAUCCUGAUGUUCCUUAGGGAUCUUUUUUAUUAUUUUGUAUCAUUAACAGAAGAGCACAUGUGACACAGAAGCGUGUUGCGUUGUAUGUGUAUCGUAUGACACGCGCACACACUCAUAGACACAAAGCGGGCGUCUUAAAGGGAGAGUUCGGACGAAAAUGAAGGUCUUGUCUUUAUUCUCAUGUCGUUCCAAACCCGUCAGACAUUAUUUCAGCGGAGCACAAUGAAGAAAAAACAUCAAAACGUUCUUAUAAAGAUAAUGCGUUUGAUUGAGAGUCGGUGGUGUUUGACAUCAUUCGAGACUUGGAAUAUAUUAAACACGAUAAAGCUCAGAUGUUCUUCCAAAAAAGUCACACAGGUUUGGAGCAACAUGAGGAUGAGUAAAUGAUGAAAGGAUCAUCAUUCUCGUCUCUCGUUUUUCUCCAUCGGUCUCCGUCUGUCUCUCUUCCUCCGGCGAGAUCUCUCUCUCCUCAUCUUCUCUCUGUUCACUUUGGAUUUCUUCCUCUUUGAAUUUCUAGCGUUUCUUGCUUUCUGUUUUGCCUUAACGCUGUUGUGGACUUCUGUAUUGCGCCGUUUAUUUUCUCUCUCUCUCUCUCAGAUGAAUCUUCUUUUCUCGGUUCAGUAUAUUUAUAUAAGUGAUGUAAGGAUUAUAAGAAAUAAUCUAUAUAUUCAGUGAUUCUUUUCCCGUGGAUAAGUUGACGCUCUUUUCCCGGCCCGCUCCUCCUCCUCUCCUCGUUGUGUUUGCGUUUUUCCGUUGACAGCCGUGCAGAAAGUAUCUGAGGUAUUUAAAAGUGCACAAUGAUUGCGAAUGUCUACUGUAAAUUCCAUUUAAUCUGUUAUUUUUUGUUUGUUUUUAAAAAUAUAAAAGAUAACUCAAAGA